AUGAUCAAGACCAGCCUGCUUCGGCAGGUCUCAAGAGCUUCCACCACCGCCGUCCGUCCACCAACCUCCGCCCUCCUCACCCGCCAGGCAACUCGCGGCAUCCGCAUCACCCCACCAGCACGCAGCGAGGAGGACAAGGACAAGCACGACGAGUACAGCACCGCCGGCAAGCCCGGUGCCUUUGAGCAUGAGGGCCAGUUCUCGCGUACCGACAAGCGUAUCCGUGUCGAGUACCCCGAGGAGGAGAACCUCCCCAGCUCUGCGCCAGUUCAGGGCCGUGGUGGCUUCCAUUUCCGGCGGACGCUGUCGAGCUUCAGCUUGGAGGGUCGCAGUGCUAUCGUGACCGGUGGUGCUAGAGGUUUGGGUCUGGUCAUGAGCCAGGCGUGUGUUGUCAGUGGUUCGGAUGUUGCUAUUGUCGAUUUGAACAAGGAGGAGGGUGAGAAGCAGGCCAAGCUGCUGGAGGAGACGUUCAGAAAAGAGAACCCAGGAGCGACGCGAGUGCCCAAGGUCACCGCUCACUACUGCGAUGUCUCCAAGCCAGAGUCGGUCAACCAGGCCUUGGCCGAGAUCAUCGAAGCUCACGGCAAGGUCGACCACCUCGUCACCUCUGCCGGCUUCACCGAGAACUUCGACGCCAUCGAGUACCCGCACGACCGCAUUCAGAAGCUGUGGGGUGUCAACGUGGACGGCACGUAUCUCUGGGCCUGCGCGGUUGCCAAGCACUUGAUGGAGCGCAAGGCGGCAGGCAGUGUGGUCAUGAUCGGUAGCAUGUCAGGUGCCAUCGUCAACGUCCCACAACCACAAGCUCCCUACAACGCCGCCAAAGCCGCGGUGAGACAUCUCGCCAGCUCGUUGGCAGUUGAGUGGGCUCAUGCAGGUAUCCGCGUAAACUGCAUCUCGCCGGGAUACAUGCUUACGGCACUCACCAAGAAGAUCCUCGACGACAACCCAGAGCUCGCCCAGAAGUGGACCUCCCUCAUCCCGCAGGGUAAGAUGGGCCGUCCAGAGGACCUCAUGGGCGCCGUCACCUUCCUGCUCUCCGACGCGGCGGGCUACGUGACCGGCGCCGAUCUCCGCGUCGACGGUGGUUACACUGUGACUUAG